UUGCGCUCGCGACUUGCGACUCGGGCGGGUCGAGCUCGGAUGGAGCGGCGGCGGGCGGCGGCGGCGCUGCGGCAGCUUGGGGAGGGCGCGCGCCGCGCGCAGCGCGCCACUGAGGCGCUGGCGCUGCUGCAGCAGGAGCUGGCAGCCACCGAGUGCCGUUUGGGCGUGGAUUUGCGCCAGGUCCAGGAAAGUACUGUGGAGCACGCGGCAAUGUAUGCAAAGAACCCGGAGGUCUUGGGUGGCAUGCUUCAGCUGGUCUUUUGCCUGGACUUGGUUCACCAGUGGGAGCAGAGCACAGACCAUCAGAUCAAGGAUUUGCAAGCGCAACUGCAGUCGAUCUCGGCCGAGUUCCUGCAGUGCAGAGGCAUGAUGGAGAAGCUCAGCCGAGAGGUCCAGGCCCUCAGGGCGACGGACACAGAGACGCAGGAGCUUCGAGAGCUGCGCCGCGCCAACGCCGCGCUGACGCAGCAGCUCGCCCGGCCAGGUACUGGAGAGUCCGCCUGCGUGGCGCUGCUGGGCUCGCUGGAGGAGCUCGAGCCGCUGCUGGCAGCCAUGCCCAUGGAAUCGAGCCGCUUCCUGGAGCUGCAGGAGGAGGCCUGUGAGGCGUAUGGACGGCUGCGCUCUGUGCUGCUGGAGGCCGCGGCUCAGUCGGCCAACCUCUGACGUGGCGAGAAAGGGAACUCGCACUCGAACUGGG